GAGGCGGGAAGGGGAAACGGGGUGCGCAUGCGCCCUUGGCUCCCGUUCUCUCUGUCGAGGGGAAUGUCUUUCUAGAGUCAGAGGCAACCCAAGAGAAAGAGGAAGGAGAUGAAAGAGAAGGAUCCAGAAUGCCCUGGAACUGGCAAGAUAUCGAAGAAAGGUCCCCAUCUCAUCCCAGCAGGGAGUGGUGCUGAAUUCUGGGAUAGAGCUGUGACAGAGAACUUGGUUCAGAACACUGUGACCGCAGAUGUGCGCAGCCGAUGUUUCCGGAAGUUCUGUUACCAGGAGGCUGAUGGGCCCCGAGAGGUUUGCAGCCGGCUCCAUGGACUUUGUAAGGACUGGCUGGAGCCAGAGAGGCGCACCAAGAAGGAGAUGAUGGACCUGGUGAUCCUGGAGCAGUUCCUGGCCAUCCUGCCGCAGGAAGUGCAGGGCUGGGUGAGAGGAUGCGGGCCAGAGAGCAGUUCCCAGGCAGUGGCCCUGGCCGAAGGUUUCCUCCUGAGUCAGGCAGAGGAGAAGAGGCAGGCACAGCAGAUAUGGGGAGAAUCCAUGAAGGUGGAAGGAACCUUCUCUGAGGCAGAAGGAGCUUCGUCAGAGGAAGGUCAGAGGACGCAAACCCAGGAGCAUGCCCGAGAUGCCCUGUCAAGUGGCAGUGAAGAGACGUUGUCGAGCUAUUUUCUUUGCAGAGAAGUGGGAAUGGCUGCUCAGCCUCUGAUCCAGUCUCCAUUUUCCUUUGAGGAGGUGGCCGUGUAUUUCACCAUGACGGAGUGGGCCCUGCUGCAUCCAGGCCAAAAAGCUCUCUACAGGGAAGUCAUGCUGGAGAACUAUGGGAAUGUGGCUUUUCUGGAAGCCAGGAAUGAAAGAGGCCCUAUGGUGCAUAUGGACAAAGGUCUUGCACCUGAAGAGUGGCUGAAGAGUUUUUCCAGACGAUUCCAAGAGACUGUUUCCUUUUCAAAUGAACUAGCUGCAACAGCAGAUAUAGAGGAGACAGCUGGGAGAUUCCAGAGGUUCCCUUUAGAAAAAGUCAAGAAUGAAGAUGCUGAAGAAAACUUUGGAGAUGGACCACAGAGGCAGGAGGAAAGCCAUGCAGAGGAUGAUCACUGGAAUGAGGAGGACAAAGAACCGCAUCAUCUGUUGCCUGAUGAAUUCAGGAAGGAAGAUGUGAGAAGAAAUGUCAGGAUUCAAGGCAGGGCUCAGAGACAGAAAGUCAGUCGCAGGGUGAAGCAGAGAGAUAAAUCCAUUCCUUGCCAGGGGGCAGAUUUCCAAGAAGUAAUUCCUAUGUUGGAGAAAAAAUACAAGCGCUUGGAGUGUGGAAUGAACUUCUCAGAUCAAAUGCAAUAUAAUGUCCAUUUUGGAAUGCACAGUGGAAAGAAGACCCAAAUCACACAUGGAAAGGCCAUGAUUGGCAGAGCAGAGUUCCUUAGAUAUUUAAGAACGCAUACAGGAGAAAAACCUAGCUGCUCAGACUGUGGCAAGAGCUUCUCAGAGAAAUCAAACCUUAUUCAACACCAAAUAAUUUAUUCAGGAGAGAAGCCUUUCAUCUGUAUAGAGAGUGAAAUGAUGUUCUUGGAUGGAAAGAAGGGUGAUACACAUUUUUCAAAGCACAGUAUACUGAAUGCAUGUCAAUGCUUUCAGUGUGGAAAGUACUUCAGAAACAAAUCACAAUAUCUUGUACACCAAAGGAUCCACAGAGCAGAGAAACCUUUUGAAUGCUCAGAGUGUGGAAAGAAAUACAAUCAGAAUUCCCUUCUCAUAAAACAUCAAAAAAUCCACAUAGGGGAGAAGUCUUUUGAAUGCUCAGAGUGUGGGAAGAGAUUCAGUCACAGUAGCAGUCUUCAAAACCAUCUAAGAAUCCAUACAGGGGAGAAGUCUUUUGAAUGCUUAGAGUGUGGGAAGAGAUUCAUUGACAGUAGCAGUCUUCAAACACAUCUAAGAACCCACACAGGGGAGAAGCCUUUUGAAUGCUCAGAGUGUGGGAAGAGAUUCAGUCAGAGUGGCAACCUUCAAAUUCAUCAAAGAACCCACACAGGGGAGAAGCCUUUUGAAUGCCCAGAGUGUGGGAAGCAAUUCAGUCAGAGUUGCCAUCUUCAAAGUCAUCUCAGAACCCACACAAAGGAGAAGCCUUUUGAAUGCUCAGAGUGUGGGAAGAGAUUCAUUGACAGAAGCACUCUUCAACAGCAUCAAAGAAUCCAUACAGGGGAGAAGCCUUUUGAAUGCUCAGAGUGUGGGAAGAGAUUCAGUCAGAGUGGCAACCUUCAAAUUCAUCAAAGAACCCACACAGGGGAGAAGCCUUUUGAAUGCUCAGAGUGUGGGAAGACAUUCAGUCGUAGUGGCCAUCUUCAAAGUCAUUUCAGAACCCAUACAGGGGAGAAGCCUUUUGAAUGCUCAGAGUGUGGGAAGAGAUUCAGUCAAAAUCGUGAUCUUCAAAACCAUUUAAGAACCCAUACAGGGGAGAAGCCUUUUGAAUGCUCAGAGUGUGCGAGGAGGUUCAGUGACAGAAGCAAUCUUCAAAUGCAUCAAAGGAUCCAUACAGGGGAGAAGCCUUUUAAAUGUUCAGAGUGUGGGAAGAGAUUCAGUCAAAGUGGCCAUCUUCAAAAUCAUUUAACAACUCACACAGGGGAGAAGCCUUUUGAAUGCUUAGAAUGUGGAAAGAGAUUCAGGUGGAGUGGCAAUCUUCAACUGCAUCAAAGAACCCAUACAGGGGAGAAACCUUUUAAAUGCUCAGAGUGUGGGAAGAGGUUCAGUCAGAGUGGCAGUCUUCAAAUGCAUCAGAGAACCCACACAGGGGAGAAGCCUUUUGAAUGCUCAGACUGUGGAAAGAGAUUCAGGUGGAGUGGCAAUCUUCAACUGCAUCAAAGAACCCACACAGGGGAGAAGCCUUUUAAAUGCUCAGAGUGUGGGAAGAGAUUCAGUCAAAAUGGCCAUCUUCAAAAUCAUCUAACAACUCACACAGGGGAGAAGCCUUUUGAAUAGAAAUAUAGUCAGCAUUGUUACGUUCAGCCACAUCUAGAAAUGCACACAGGGAAAAGCCAUGCAACUUUUUUUGCCCAGGAUGGGAUGCUAAACUCGAUUGUUACUAGGAUAUGCCAUAAAUGCCACUUCGUUUGGCCAGGCCAUGUCUGCCAUACAAUGUGAUGCUAGGUGCCUGAGAUAUAAACUUUCAAGGACAUAGGCAAACCAAGUUAACAAUAUUAUUUCUUCUACAAUAUACAAACAGGCUUAAAGAAUUAACAGCUGUAGAUUAUUUCCUUUAUUUAGCAGUCUUUAAUAACUGACCUCUCUUUCUCUGAAUUACUGCAUCAAGAUCUGAAGUCAAUGUCUGUGCUGUAGCAAUCUUGAGUUAGGUGUAUAUCUGCAAGUUGCGAAUGCACUUUUCAUUUUUGGACAUUUAUUCUAGAAUUGAGCUGUUCACAGAUGUAUGUUCUUCUAAAAACAGACAGAAUUUUGGAAGCAAAAGUCUUAAAUUGGGGUUAAUCUGGAUCUGAAAACUGGUAACAUUUGCUAAUGCCAACUUCAGAAAGCUUUUCCUUCCAUGCAGCAUCACACUGUACCCACAUCUACCUGCAGACUGGUAGGUGAGCAGCACUGUGAAUGUCCCAUUUUCUCAACUGUACUGACUCAACCUGUGUAAUCCACCUUCAGAAUGCCUCCCACAUUAGUGAAACUUUUCCUGUCCAUCUCCCACUCAAUGGCAGAAGUAGUCCUCUUCCCGCUCUGAAUAUACAUUUCUUCACUAACUCAAUCAGCAACUUUUUUUCUCUACAACCCUGGAAGCAUUUUUGUCUGUGAAGCAGGGUUUCUUCCCAAUUUAGAGAGCUUCACCCUAAAAUGUACCCAUAGAAUAAAAAGUUUCCAAGGAACUGGAGCCAUUGCCCUCAAGAGUAGCUCAAUCUACCACAGAAACCAUGAACCUUCCACAGAUUCAUCAGCCACCUCUCAAUGGCCUUACCUCUUAAAUCAGCCCUUUUCUCCCACCACCUCUGUGUGAUUCAUCCACACCAAUCCACUCUCCUGCAAAUUCAGAUCUACUCCCACCCCUUUCCUUGCAGUUCAUUCCUACUAUGAGACCUGGUGAUCCGUGAAGACACUCAUGUACCCCAUGGUGCCGAGGUUCAAGUAUGGGGAUGAACAACUAGGAGUCCCAUAGAAGCUGCUGGGUGACUUUGGGCCAGUCACUCUCUCAGCCUGAUGUACUCAGCACAGUUUUUGUGAGGACAAACCCACAGAUGAGGGAAAUGAUUCUCGUAAAUUGUUUUGGGUCACUAUUUGGGAAGAGAAGAAAUGUACAGAUGCCUAGAAAAUAAAAUAAUGCAACAAAA